CCCCCUGGAGCGCCCCGCUGCCGCCCCGCGGGGACGAUGAGGGCGGAGGGCGCCGACCACUCGAUGAUCAACCUGUCGGUGCAGCAGGUCCUGAGUCUCUGGGCCCAUGGCACGGUGCUGAGGAACCUCACGGAGAUGUGGUACUGGAUCUUCCUCUGGGCUCUCUUCUCCUCUCUGUUCGUCCACGGUGCUGCAGGCGUGCUGAUGUUUGUGAUGCUGCAGAGGCACAGGCAGGGCAGAGUGAUCUCUGUCAUUGCUGUCAGCAUCGGCUUUCUGGCUUCUGUAACUGGAGCAAUGAUUACUAGUGCAGCAGUGGCAGGCAUCUACAGAGUGGCUGGGAAGAACAUGGCCCCCCUGGAGGCCCUAGUGUGGGGCGUGGGGCAGACUGUACUGACCCUUAUCAUCUCCUUUUCAAGGAUCCUCGCGACACUUUGAGGUUCUGAGGGAAUGUCUUCUUAACUAAGAAAACAGAUGUCCAGCUUCCCCGGAAAUGGCCUUGUUAACCAGCUGAACUGAAAUUGUACAAGCAGGGACCCAGCAAGUCAAAACCUAGGAAGACCUUGAGCCGUGUGGAAAGCCUGCCCUCUGGCGCCCAAGCGAUUGCACUACCGCCCUGCACCUUACGUGCCUCCACCCCAGGCAAGGUGCACAGGACACUAUGUGAAGCUGCAAGAAAAAGCACCUUGUUUAGCUGCCAAUCAGGUUAACAUUGGUGUUGAAAUCAUCGUUCUCAACAGUGUUGUGUUAAGUUACAGGGACGUUUUGAGAAAUGGAUCUAUGUGCCAAACUUUUCUUUCUGUUAACAUUGAUCAUGUGACAGUUUGCAAGUGUAGAUGUGUAGAGUGCUGUGAAUAUACUUGACAUGGUCCAGGUAACGUAGUCAGACUUCGUUUGUAAUGCUAACUCCCAUGUGAAUACCGAAUCCCAGGCUUUCAAUACUAAGGAAGGCGUUUGGUUUCUAAAGCUGAGUGUUUCAGGAAUUUGGGGCUUUAAUAUGUCUAUGUGUUGUUAUUUAAUUUACGUGAAAAACAAUAGUCUUCUUAAUGAAGACUAGCUGAGCUGUUCUAAGGACUCAAAUAGACUUGGAGGGUGCAUACUUUUCAGUAACUCACACCCUUUUAAUAGUUUCCCUUAUACAUUGUAUUCUAUUUAUAUGAUUCAAAACCUUUCUGGGUCAAACACAUUGUCACUUGUGUGUCACAAAAAUAUAAUUUGAAAAUUUUCUUAUAAAUUUUGUAAGAAAAAGUCUAAAAUGCAUGUUGCAUUCUUCAACCCUUCUAAGAAUGUUUUGCCUCAUGUGUCACAGAACACAACCUGCUAACUCGUGUUGCGCUGGGACCGUGUUGCGUGGUGUACAUGUCUGGGCAGUCUUUGAUUCUGGAAUACUAACUGCUUAGAAAGUGGCCUAAAUUAGGCUGUGGGAUUUAAAAUGCCUCAUUUAUAGAAAAAUAAUAAGUACUUUACAUAGGAAGAGCAGUAAUUUACCUUACCCUGUACUUGUGGCAGGGUUAGAUUUACACUAAGCCCAAGCUGGGGACAUAGUUUAUCAUUCUACAAGCUGGCAGUUAGUCUGAGUGUGUCAAGACAGCACAGAACCUUUGUCUGGGGAGUUUGUUUGCGUGGUGUCAUUUGAGUUUAUGUUCUAAGUUAUUACCGAAGUCAAGACUGUCUCUGAUCACAUUCAUCAAAGUAGAAUUGUGCUUUGUCUAUAAAACCUUUUAGGAGGCUUAGAAGAACACAUGGUUGUUUGUUAUGAAUACAAGCAGUCGGGAAAGUACAAACCCUGGUUGAACUGAGUAUGGGAGGGGAUUGACCAGUUGUAAUUAUAAACGUGCUAACUUAAGGGAAGAUCCAUUGUAGAGAUUGUGAAUGAAUUUACGACUAAUCUAAAAGACAGUGGACACCCUAAGCUCCUUAAUUUAGUUUGAAGACUUUUAUCACCCAUACCCUCUUUUCUCUAGCAAAGAGAGUAUCUUAGCAGUUUUUGGAGGGGAUGCUUUUGCCAGUACAUAAACCAAUUUAUAAUGUGGCUUGGAAAUUUAACAACCCCCCAAAUCAGCCAGUAAGCACGUCUUCAGCAUUAGAGAUAUGGGAAAACAAGUCUUGAGAUGGUCUUUGUGUGUGUGUGUGUGUGUGUGUGUGUGUGUGUGUACAAGCUUGCUGUUUCUCCCAUGCAUUCUUUAUAUUCUUAAUCUUUUCUAAAAUGAAACCGAGGCGUCUUUUCCAGAUAGACUUGGCGUCCUUUCCUGUUGGGCUGAUUUCUGCCCUUCUCUCAGACGGCUUGUCAGGAAUUCAGAGCUUUGUGAGAAUUGCUAACACGGACAGUGUCUCAUGUACAGAACAAAUAUUUAUUUUAACAUGGUUAUUUUAUGUUCUAAGAAAGUUAUAAUAUGAAAUAAUAUGGAGCUCAUUGUUUAUAAUCUAAAAUUAAUUAGAAAUUAAAUUGAUACAUUGAAUAAUAUGUGAGUGAAUGGACCAAAGAGACCUGAGCUCCUGUUUCUGCUCUAGAAGGUUAAUUAUUUUAUAGAGUGUCCUGCAGUCAUCUCAUCACCCAGCUGAUUUGCAUUAAGCAUUGUGUUUGUAUAUGAAUAUGUGUGUAGUUUUAAUUUGAGGGGCAUUUUUAAUUUCUUCAGUUAUUUCCAUUGGGAUUUUGUGUAACUAUCACUUGGUAUUUUGAAAUGCAGUUGAAUAGAAUGGAUUUAUGAAACUAUCUAAAUAGCUAUUUAUAUGGUGAAGUUUUCAAGAAGUUAGCUGUUUCUUAAAGAGACAAAUGUUUAAUGAUAUAUAUCUAUACACACACACAAGUAUAUCAUUAUAUACAUAUAUAGAUAGCUAUAUAUGAAUAGAGUCCAAUUGGAAAGCUUUGCUUGAUGAACAUUUUCCUAUUCUACUGGAGAAGUUGAUAUAUUUGUUCAGUUAAAUGAUCUUUUAAAUAGACUGGAGGGUAUUUAAGAUUUUUGCUGGAGACCCUUUUUUGGGACAUGACAAAAGCUCUCACUGACAUAGUCGGGUUCCACCUUCUGAAAACUCAGCCAUGGUUUAGCAGUAAAUUUUCUUCACGACAAAUUAAAACUCUUCAGCACCAGGGCCUCAUGUAAGUUCCCUGUUAACUUCCCUGAGAAGGAAGUUCAGGUCAUGGGCCCUGGUACAGUUUCAUUGGCUUCUCAGGGGACCUGAUGCCUGUGUGGAUUUAAAUUGAAAGCACCACUCUUAGUUUGAAUCCUCAUAUAUAUCACCCAGUGUUGAGGUCUCACCAAGAGCACUUUCUUAGUAUUUGUAACACAGAAUUCCACUGCUGUUUUUCCAAGGGUUUUGUUUAUAAAAGGAACAAGGUUCACUGAAUGGUUUAAGAUCAAACAAUGCUGUAGGAAACGGUGCUUCCAGGAUCUUUAAUUUGCAGUGGAAGGCGGGGUGGCCUCUUUAAGGUGCCCAGGCUGGCACUCACUACCUAGCUCUGUUUGGUGAGUUCCCUUCCUGGAUCUCCUAUGUACAAAGAUGCCAGAAAUAGGGUUCCCUCGCCCAAGUCCACCAGGAGCUGGUGAAGCGAUUUCAAACCCUGAAAAACGUGGACUAGUACCUUGUCGCUUUCCCCGCGACUCCUCUUCCUUUUCCCAUCCAAUCCUCGGAAUUGGGCAUUUCUGUGUGUUAGAUGUUGCUCUGAGCUAGUAGAGAAAGGACUAGGGGGUUGAGGAUUUAGCUCGGUGGUAGAGCCCUUGCCUAGCAAGCACAAGGCCCUGGAUUCGGUCCUCAGCUUCAGAAAAAAGAAAGAAAGAAAGAAAGAAAGAAAGAAAGAAAGAAAGAAAGAAAGAAAGAAAGAAAGAAAGAAAGAGAGGACUAGAUGGUGCAGUCCUGUAUCCAGGCUCUGUUGCCUUUGUUCACUCUGGUCUGAGCAGCAUUUAACCACUCUGAGUUUCAGGUCUCACUCUGAAAUGUGAUUGAUACCCGCUGGGUAGAAUAAUGCAGAUAUGACAGUUGGUGGUGGUGGUGCCCAGGCAUAAAGGAGUAGAUUACAGCAGGGCUGUCACCACUGGGCGAUGUGGGAGGAGUAGCUGUGGCCAGCAUUUCCUCCUCCACUGUCAUUUCCUAGUUACUUCUUUGGGUUAAUUUAGAAUAUUCAUUGACUCUUUACCAUAUGCAAAUCCUUGUCCUUGUUUUAGCUCCCCACCCCUCCUGAUCGCCUAUCAUCUGUCAUCCUGAGCAUUUGGGACUUCUGUGUCCUGUCACUGUUGGUACUGGCUGUUGUUUUGUUUGUUACCUAUUUUCCAUUUAACCUUAAAAAAAAAUACCAGUACCUUAAAGUUAUGCCAUUUUAUAAUGCAGGGAGCGACAAGAAAGACACUUUCUGAACUGUGUGCAGACCACAGUGCUCUUGCCAUGUGGAAGCAUUCUUUAGGAGUGUUUUAAAACACUCCUUGAAAACAUCUCUGUUUAUCUUGUUUGUAAGAUAUGAGGAACACAGAAAAAUUACUGGGGAAUUUCUGAGGGUUUAGAUUGCAGGGAAGUGUGUUAACACAAGUUGAGUAUAACUGGGUAAAUUACUGUUUCCUUUUAAAAUGAGGGGUUACAGUCUCUGGUUAAAUGUGACAGUCAUCUAGUGUCUCCUGAUGAUUGUCCAUGAUUUCUCAUCCCUUUGAAACUGUUCAGGAUAUAAAGGACAAUAUUUGAUUUUAAAAUACAAUAUUUUUAAAAUGUAUAAUCUCAUUUGUAACAGGAAGAUUCAAAGAGGAGGAAUUGUCAGUACACAGAAGCAUCUGUGAUAAAGUUCCCUGUGUUACCAAGCAGUGAGACACAGAUUUGCUGAUCCCUCACUCCAGGAGUGUGGGCUCUGUCACACAUACGCACUUAAAUCGUAGUGCACUUUGUGUAUGGUGGACUUGCCCAUCUCCCUUGUGGAUCCCUGUCUCCUGUAGGUGAUCCAGGGUGGGGUAGCGGUGUCUGAAUUUGCCUAUGUCAGAACAUAGCUGGGAUUUGUUUGGGAGGAAUUAAUGUUAAAUAUAUGAAAUGUUUUCAGUAACCAAGGAGAGGCACUGGCUAACUCCUCAUGAGGAUAGUGGCAGCAUCCACCUUUCUGAGCAAGCUGAGCUGUGAUCCAGAAUCAUUUCUUAAUUUAGGAGAUUGUCUCUCACAUUCUUUACCUGUGUGUGUGGCACGUGUGCUGAACUUAUGUCAUGGUUUCCUUGAUUUUUCGCACUGAUUUAUUUAGCAGUUCUUCUGACAAUUUCACUCCUUUCUAAAGCAGUUAUCAGAUGUCAUUAUUUAGAUGUGCACAGUUCCUUGACCGAAGCUGAAGUGCUGGCCCAGAGCGAAUUUUCGGUACCCUUCUUUAUGCGGUGGUUAUCUCGUGGAAAGGGAGUAGCUGAACGCACAGGCUGGGGUGGUGUGGAGGGGGGUGACGGAGGGAAGGACAGUGUGAUGCUCAUGUUUUCCUUUAGGUGAUAUCCUGUACCCAUCCCCUGCGUCUGUAGGCUCAGCUCUUCCCUCUUGGGGAAUUCUCAGGGCUGUAACGUAAACUGGGGAAAAGUAUGGCAUUAAAUACCUAGAAAGAGGAACUCUGAUGCAUGAUCGUCUGAACCCCAUAACCAGAGUGCUUUUCCUCCUAGGGAUAUAUUGGUAAUUACUUUUUAAAAAUUAACUUCUUUAGAGCCUUGCCUAAAUGAACAGUAGAUGGGAAAAGGCUUAAUUUUGCUUUUAAGUUUUAUGUGUUUGAGGCAGGGUCUCACCCACUGUGUAGCACAGGCUAGUUUUGAACUUCUGAUCCUUGUGUCUUAGCCUCUCAGGUACUGGGAUUAGGGGUGUGUGCCAUGUGCUUGGCUCCUUCUCUUUAAAUCAAUAUGUUUAUGUUUAUUACUGAAUAUGGCUGGGAUGGAAUAGCUUUUUUUCCUGCAAAGAAAAACAGAAGCUUUUGUUUGCAAAGAUUUUCUUAGUGUUUAUGAUAGUGGACACAAUUUCCACAGAGUAAUAUGGAAAGAUCUGGCUCUCUCCCUAGUACAUGCCUUUCGUCAUGAGCUUUGCCUGUUUAGAUAGAUAAAUAAGAAGUCCUCCUUUUGCUCAGUUUAGCCAUAUAACCUGGCAGAACCUGUGGUUUUACCCUCAGUAUUAGCUCCUGCCUUAAGAUGUCCCAGGCUGAGGGAGCAGCUUUAGCUCUGUGCUAGUGUGGCUUUGUUCAAGUAGUGAGUCUAAUUGACCCAGCAGACAGUACCAAGAAACUCACUUUAAAAUUCCAGUAACGCUCAACCCACUGAUGAAUCAUUUAGCUGACCCACAGUACAGUUUAUAAAAGCUGAAUGAUGUCUCAGUGCCUUGAAAGUUAAGAGACCUGUGCAGAGUGGACUAAGGGAGCUCUGGGCUUGGUACCAGUGAGCUGGCUUUGCCUGCACCACCUACAAUGAGACUCCAGAACCAGCAUUGAGCCACCGAGACCAGUCCAGCUGCUAACUUCAUAUGGUUCCCUAGAAACCAGCCAGCCACUGUAUGACAGGUGAUCACUACUUUCCCUGUCCUUCACCACAUGGCAUUUUCCUCUGGUUUUUGUUUUGUUUUGUUUCAUUUUCCAAGCAAGUAUGAAAUAGGGAAAAAUGUUGUCAAGCAAAUUAAGUGUGGGAUUUUAAAGUUGAGUUUUACGGCAGAGAUCCCUGUGUGAACAGUGUUAGUUAAAUAUUGUAGUACAAAGACAGACUUUAUGUAACCUUAGAAAUAUGUUUGCCAUCAGGGAUUUAUUUUUACAAUAAAAAUACUAAAUGUACUGUGAAGCUUAAAGACAGGAAGAACAGACAUUGGAGGGUGCUGCUCAAACAGUGUGUGUGAUGAAGUACCUGCGUUGUGUGAACACAAUCCUCCCUUCUGCUCCAGCUGUAAACUACACUGUAUGAAUAUGUGUACUGCAUGUUUACAUAAAACAGUUUCAUUUGGAAGGAUUAUUUAAACUAUGUUUAUAUGUAAUACCUAACAGGCUGUAAAUAUUGUAUACUAUUGAUUUUUAAUUUUAUAUGAGCGAUUUUUUUAUUUCCCAAGUCAUGUACAAAUCUCAUUGUGUAUAUAGCAUAACUCCCUGAAGAACACAGAUUUUGCAGUGAAUUUUAAGUAUUUUAAUUGCAGUAAGCAUCGGGUUAGCCUCAGAGAUGCUGGUCCUUAUUUUAAAUUAUUUUUCACCACACAUUUUCUUCAAAGGGCAGCAAUAAACAUAUGCAAGUUCAUUUUGGUUCUUGAAAGUUGGCCUGUGAAAACAACCGCAGUUCAAUUCACUGCUGCAAAGGAGAGGUGCACAGCUCACUCCAUCCCGCCUCUGGUCCCAGGAAACCUCUGAGAUCCGCACAUGGCUCUCCUCUCUGUAAUAUACAGGGUGAACCGCUGUAGACACACAGAGCAUCUGUUAAAGUGACUCCAGCACUUCAGUGUCAUUACACAGAAUUUAUUGGAUUAAAAUUUGUAAUAUAUAGUAUUUUAAUAAAGUUUCUGUAUUCAAUUUCAUGCACUUAUAUAUAAAUAAACCUGUCUUCAAAAGCUUUA